GGAGGCCUCUCACACCGGAUGAAGUUCGGAACCCCUUAGUUCAACUUCCGGGUGUAUCGUGCAUGAAGUAAAAUCUGCUUGCAAAUUCAUUUGGACGAACUUCUCGGCCAACUUAACCUUGUAAAAUGUCCCGAGGCUCAAGUGCAGGGUUCGAUCGACACAUUACCAUCUUUUCUCCUGAAGGAAGACUCUAUCAAGUCGAAUAUGCAUUCAAGGCCAUAAACCAAGGUGGACUCACAUCAGUAGCAGUCAGGGGAAAGGACUGUGCGGUUGUUGUAACACAGAAAAAAGUACCGGACAAGCUUCUGGAUGCCUCCACAGUGACCCACCUUUUCAGAAUAACAGAUAAUAUUGGAUGCGUCAUGUCUGGGAUGACAGCUGACAGCAGGUCCCAAGUGCAGCGAGCUCGCUAUGAGGCAGCCAACUGGCAGUACAAGUAUGGUUAUGAGAUUCCAGUAGACAUGCUGUGUAAGAGAAUUGCUGACAUCUCACAAGUCUACACGCAGAACGCUGAGAUGCGACCACUGGGUUGCUGUAUGAUCGUGAUUGGCAUAGACGAGGAGUAUGGUCCCCAGGUGUACAAAUGUGACCCAGCAGGCUACUAUUGCGGCUUCAAGGCCACUGCCGCUGGUGUCAAGCAGACAGAAGCCACCAGCUUCCUGGAGAAGAAAGUGAAAAAGAAACUGGACUGGACCUUUGAGCAAACUAUUGAGACAGCAAUUUCUUGUCUGUCAACUGUUCUCUCCAUUGACUUCAAGCCCUCUGAACUCGAGGUGGGCGUUGUCACAACGCAGGACCCCAAUUUCAGGUAA